CGGCCCGACCACGAAGCGCCUCAUCUCCCGGGUUAGCCGCACCCAGCACGGCUCGCGCCAGUGCGCGAGACGGAGGGAGAGACGCGCCCCUCCUGGAGGCACUCGGGCUGGCGGGCGCAGGCGUGGCACUCCCUGCGUGCCCGGCUUCCCUUUGUGUGGGCCGCAGCCAGGAGGAGGCGGCCGCGGGGGCUCGGGGGCAGAGCCGGGCUCGCAGCGCCGCCCCCGCCCCCGCCCCGGCGCCCAGGAUGACUUGUCACUGACUCCCGCUCCGGACUGCCGGGUCUUGGCGGAGCCGCCCCCAGUGCGGCCAGAGCCGCCGGCGUGGACGGCACCGCGGCAGCGACCCCUCCGCGCCCGGCUCGGCCCGGCCCAGCCCGCGCCCUCCUGCCGCAGCGAGCGCCGCUCGCCGCCGCCGCCGCCGCCAGGUGAAUUUUGGAUGCCAGCUGAGUUCAUCUCCUUCCUGCCAGUAGAGGAUAAACUGUGAAACAAUUAUGUGGAAAAACAUUCCAGUCUCAUUUUGUACAUGAGUUUCAGAGAGGAUUGGCAUGGUUUUAACACCACAAGAUCAUCACUAGGAAUUGGCUGCAACCAUGAGUUCAGAGGAAAAGGGUAUAUCUCCUUCUCACAAAACAUCUACUCCAUCACAUAAAAGUGCCUCCUCUUCAUCGUCCCAGAGAGACAGUAGACAGAGCGUUCAUAUUUUGGAGCGGAAGGCUUCAUCUGGAAGUACUGAUCAAUCUAUAAGCAAGCAACUACUGGAAACAGAUCCUGUCUCUCUAUCAAAGGAGCCUGACAGCUGGGAAAUUAUAGAGGGACUGAAGAUAGGACAGACUAACGUCCAGAAGCCAGACAAACAUGAAGGUUUCAUGCUGAAGAAAAGAAAAUGGCCUUUAAAAGGUUGGCACAAGCGUUUUUUUGUCCUGGAUAAUGGCAUGUUAAAAUAUUCAAAGUCACCAAUUGAUAUACAGAAAGGCAAGGUACAUGGAAGCAUUGAUAUUGGUUUAUCAGUUAUGUCAAUUAAAAAGAAAGCUCGUAGAAUAGACCUUGAUACAGAAGAGCACAUAUAUCACCUGAAGGUGAAGUCCCAGGACUCGUUUGAUGCAUGGGUGUCAAAAUUGCGCCACCACAGAUUGUAUCGUCAGAAUGAAAUUGUAAGAUCACCAAGAGAUGCUAGCUUCCAUAUAUUCCCUUCAGGCUCUACUACAGAAUCUUCACCAGCUGCUAAUGUUGCUGUAUUAGAUGGAAAGGUACAACAAAAUAGCUUCCCAUGGCAAUCUCCUAUACCAUGCAGUAAUAGCCUUCCUGCAACAUGUACUACUGGUCCAAGCAAAGUAGCAGCUUGGCUACAGGACUCAGAGGAGAUGGACAGAUGUGCAGAAGACCUUGCACACUGCCAGUCAAAUCUUGUGGAACUUAGCAAACUUCUUCAAAAUCUAGAAAUACUACAGAGAACUCAGUCAGCACCAAACUUCACUGACAUGCAGGCUAACUGUGUAGAUAUUUCAAAGAAAGACAAGAGGGGCACAAGACGAUGGAGAACAAAAAGUGUCAGCAAAGAUGCAAAAAUACAGCUUCAGGAAGGGCCAGCGCCGAAGGGUCAGUUCAGCACAACACGACGCCGGCAGAGACUAGCAGCUGCAGUGGCUACAACAGUCCCUUUCAGUGCUACAAUGUCACCAGUUCGCCUGCAUUCGUCCAAUCCCAACCUUUGUGCAGACAUUGAAUUUCAGACUCCCCCGAGCCAUGUAGCUGACCCCUUGGAAUGUUCCACAGAUUACAUCAAACUUCAAGAAGAGUUUUGCCUUAUGGCACAGAAAGUGCAUUCUCUUUUGAAGUCUGCCUUUAACAGCAUAGCUAUAGAGAAGGAGAAGCUUAAGCAGAUUGUUUCAGAACAGGAUGUUACCGGCCACAAUGCACAAAUAGCACAUCUCCGACAGUCGCUUUCUCAGGCUCUCAACCAGAAUGCUGAACUAAGGAGUCGCUUGAACAGAAUACAUUCAGAGUCUGUUAUUUGUGAUCAGGUUGUCAGUGUAAAUAUUAUCCCUAGUCCUGAUGAGACUGGUGAACAAAUCCAUGUUAGUCUCCCAUUGAACCAACAAGUUUCUAAUGAGAGCAGGCUCUCUAUGUCUGAAUCUGUCUCUGAAUUCUUUGAUGCACAGGAAGUACUUAUAUCAGCAAGCUCUUCAGAAAAUGAGGCUUCUGAUGAUGAAUCUUACAUCAGUGAUGUGAGUGAUAACAUAUCUGAGGACAAUACCAGUGUCACUGACAACAUAUCCCGACAAAUUCUCAAUGGUGAGCUGACAGGAGGCGCCUUCAGGAAUGGACGACGGACUUGUCUUCCAGCUCCCAGUCCUGAUACCAGUAACAUCAAUCUGUGGAAUAUUUUAAGAAAUAAUAUUGGUAAAGAUCUCUCCAAAGUGUCCAUGCCAGUUGAGCUCAAUGAACCUCUCAAUACUUUGCAACAUCUUUGUGAAGAACUAGAAUACAGUGAACUCUUGGACAAGGCUGCUGAAACAGAUGACCCCUACGAACGCAUGGUUCUUAUAGCUGCCUUUGCAGCUUCCGGAUAUGCUUCCACUUACUUCAGAGCAGGAAGCAAGCCAUUUAAUCCAGUGCUUGGUGAGACUUAUGAAUGUAUUAGAGAAGAUAAAGGAUUUCGAUUUUUUUCAGAGCAGGUUAGCCACCAUCCACCCAUUUCUGCCUGUCACUGUGAAUCAAAGAAUUUUGUGUUUUGGCAAGAUAUCAGAUGGAAAAAUAAGUUCUGGGGGAAAUCGAUGGAAAUUCUUCCAGUUGGAGCACUGAAUGUGACUCUUCCAAAGUAUGGAGAUCACUAUGCAUGGAACAAAGUCACAACCUGCAUACAUAACAUCCUUAGUGGAAGGAGAUGGAUAGAACAUUAUGGAGAAAUAACUAUCAGAAACACAAAAAGCAGUAUUUGUAUUUGUAAACUCACAUUUGUCAAGUUAAAUUACUGGAAUUCAAAUGCAAAUGAAGUCCAAGGAGUUAUCAUGGACCAAGAAGGAAAGGUUGUGCAUCGCCUCUUUGGAAAGUGGCACGAAGGACUGUACUGUGGAGUUGCACCUUCAGCAAAGUGUAUAUGGAGGCCAGGCUCCAUGCCAACGAACUAUGAACGUUAUUAUGGUUUUACAAGGUUUGCUAUUGAGCUCAAUGAGUUAGAUCCUGCGUUAAAAGAUCUUCUUCCAGCAACAGAUGCACGAUUUAGGCCAGAUCAAAGAUUUUUGGAAGAAGGAAAUGUAGAAGCAGCAUCAGCUGAUAAGCAGAGAAUAGAGGAACUCCAGAGAAGUAGAAGGCGGUACAUGGAAGAAAACAACAUUGAAUACAAACCAAAAUUUUUUAAAAAAGUUAACGAUGCCAAUCAAAGAGAAGCCUGGGUUUCUAAUGACGCCUAUUGGGAACUACGAAAGGAUCCUGGCUUUAGUAAAAUAGAAACCCCAGUACUCUGGUAAACUGAGAAUGUAGAUCUGGUAAACAUAUCACUCUCUGAAGAAAAAAAUAACUAUGCACAAUAUGUUUCUUAUAGCUAAGUGUGGUUUGUGGGUCUACACAAAACCUACCAUUUGCUUUUUAUAUUCAUCUUUAUAAAGGACUUUCAAAAGUGCAUUAGACCAGGCUCCUGACCACUUUUGGAUCCUUUUAAUUUUGCAGCAGCCAUUAAAAAAACACAAAAAAAAACCAAGCAAACAAAAAAAAGACAAAAAAAACCUUUUAAUGUUCAUACGCUGAAAAUGCAGAACAGAAGAAGCAGAUAAAUUAUCCAUAGUCAUUCUGAAGUAGUAGUACAACACAAAACUGCAACCGGUGCUUUAAAAAGAAGUUAAGAGUAAUGGGGGAUGGGAUGGGGCAGUGCAGGGAGAGGGUUGAAAAAGAAAGGAAAAAGGGAAGAAAAAGAAAAAAUCCGUUUUGUUGUAACUUAUUUUGGUAAAGUUCUCGAGUCACAACACUCUCUCAUUUCUGGCUUCAGAUUAGUCCUUUGAUGUGAUGUGCUUGGGCUGGCCUUGUCAAAAAGACAUAAUGCUUUUCUGGAAGCUGUUCCCAUUCAUAUGCCAUUGUCCAUGCCUUAAAAAAAACCAUGAAGAUGUACAAUAAGUCAUUUAAAUAUGUAUUGUUAGGCUUGUGUGAAGGGCAGAUUUUUAAAGCGUUAGGAUUUUAUUUAUAUUAUAGAUGUUGGAGAAUAUGUCUUGUUUUAAAAAAACAAACACCUAAAUGGAAUACAGGGGAAAGUAAUCUACUGUACAUGCUUUAGCUUUGGGAAACGUUGUAUAAUCAGACUGAAAAUAAAAAAAGGAACUAGCUAAUUUUGGGGAAUUUUGGUAAAUGCAUCUGUGGUGCUAGUCCAGAAAUUCAUAUUCUAAAUAGCUAAUGCUAAAAUAUAUGUAUCUCAUGCACCACUGACUUGACAUAGGUUUGCUCUUUGUCUCAUUUCCCCAUAACUGUUUAUACAAUUAGAAUUCCCUGAAGCUCUGCAGCAGUGUUAAAAGCACAGAGAGGUUCCAUAGGAGAGUCUCUGACUUCACUCCAGAGACUGGAUAGUACUGUAACCUGUCACUGUCACACUCAUACUGCCUGUUUUACUGCACUGUUUGCCUGUGCACACUAUCCCCCUGCUUUCUUAAUUGAAUUUGUUAGUGGGGCCAGGCUGAAGCAACCAUAUUUGCUGCCCAGUAGCUUGUUCUUAGGUUGUCAAAAUAGCUUUUAUGCAAGAUUAUAUUUUAUGAUUUUUCAUAAAGUGAUUCUAUAUUUUUGAUUAAGGGACAAGUCUCUACAAUGUUGCUAUGCCACAGUUAAUGUGUAUGGGAGGAGGAUGGGCACUUUCUGUCUGAAAAGACUGAAAUUCUAAACUGUAGGGCAAGUCUUACUUAAAAAAAAAAGGUUUAUUAGAUAAAAAAAAAAAUUGUAUUCCAUGUGGUAGGACCUAGUCUUCAAUAGACACUUGUAACAGGUUAAGAUUCUAUGCAUGUGUAUGCAUCUCUAUCUCUCUCUGUCCCUGAAAACUGUAUAUGUAUGUGCAGUAUACAUAGUGGACCUAUUGGAGUUUAUAUUAUUUUUCUCUUAAAAAUUAAAUCUAAAUUUGAAGCUUAAAAAAUAUAAUCCUACAAUUGAUCCUACAAAGAGAACUGCUGUAGUGUUUAACAUCAGAACUCUGUGUGAGCCCUAGGGUGUAUAUCCAUGGUUCUCCUGCAUUUCUGCUGAUCAGAUUACUGGGAUUAUUUUAUAUACCAGGGGUCAGCAGUGUUUUCUGACAGGGUGCUAGAAUGACCCAGCUCAGGUCUGAGACAGGCAGGCACUAGGACCCAGGCACCUCCAUCUCUGUGCCACCUGGCUAUGGAGUGGCAUGGUGCAGGGACAGCUCCCCCUCUGCCAAAGCUCCAGGCAUCUGACUGGCAGAAUGCUGGCAAAGCCCCCGCUGUGAAGUGCCAUGGAAGCCAUGGCUCUGCCGGCCAUAGCAAAUGUUCUACAGAGCAGGUCUGGCCCGUUAUUUUCUGAGAGGAGCAGCAGGGCAGCUGUGUACCUGGUGCCACGUGAGUUUUAAAGUAGUUCUGAAAGAUCAAAUUCUUUCUCUCCAUGCCACCAUGUAACUUUUCUUUAAUGUCAUUGAGCUAACUUUUAUCCAAUUCAUUUUAGUAGCAGUAUACUAUAAAUAAAUGAGGUACAUAGUAUUCAAAAUGGCAAUUAAUUAUUCUUUGUCAGAUUCCCUCUAUAGGGUAAUAUUCACUUGCCUGUUUUGUGCCCCCAAUCUCUGUUUGCACCUCCUGAUAGUAAGGACUGAAUGUGCAUGACUGGUAUCUUGAUUAACAGAAACACAAGUGGUGAGUUCUUGGUCUCUUUAAACAUUAGAUUUUACUUUUAGGGCAUAACUUCAGGCAUCAUCUUUUCAUGCAUGUCAAUUUUUGUGAUGUAUGGCAAAAUUUAGUGCACCCUAAAGAUUAGCAGAUGACAGAUUUGAGAGCUCCGACUGAAACUUUAUUUUUUAAAAGUAAUUUUAAAUAACACUCUUUUAUUAACAUACACUUGCAACAAGAUUUCUCUCAGCAGUUGUUCCUUAGAGAAAACUUCCCAGUGAUUUAAUUAAAAUUUUGCCUGAAAAAGGGCCACAAGAUCACUCCACAAAAUAACUGUGCCCGAUUAUCUAGUCAAGGUCCCAGUUCUUCAAAUACAGACAAGUGACUUUACUUGUAGGAGCUGUCCUAUUGACUUUAAAGAUGAUUACUCACUUGAGUACAUACAUAUCUAUGUGCAAGUCCAUAGUCCUUUAGGGUGAAAAGAUGCGGACAGUGCGGUCCCCCAAUGCUCGGUUUUUCGACCUGUGCUAUUCAGUGUCUUCAUCAGCGACUUGGAUGAGGGCGUGGAGAACAUUCUGUCCAAAAUCGCGGAUGACACGAAAUUAUGGGGUAAAGUAAACACACUAGUGGGAAAGGAUCAAAUCCAGGUGGACCUGGACGGUUGGAAAAGUGGGCAGAAAAGAAUAGGAUGCAGUUCAACAAAUACAAAUGCAAAGUGCUGCAUCUAGGGAGAAGGAAUUGCCAACACACCUAUAGGGUUCUCAGCAGCACCUUCUCACACCUAUAGACCUUCUCAGCAGCACAGUGGCAGAAAGGGAUCUCAGAGUCAUAGUUGACUCCAAGAUGAGUAUGAGCCAUCAAUGUGACAAGUUGAUCAGUAAAGCUAAAUGCACUCUGUCAUGCAGAGUGCAUCAUGAACAGGUCCAGGGAGGUGAUACUUCCCUUCUAUGUGGCAUUGGUCAGGCUGCAGUUGGAAUACUGCAUCCAGUUCUGGGCUCUGCACUUCAAGAGAUGUGGAUAACCUUGAGAGGGUGCAGAGAAGGGCCAUUUAUAUGGUUAGAGGCCUGCAAGUAAGGCCCUACAAGGAGAGACUGAGGGACCUGGAUCUCUUCAGCCUUUGCAAGAGAAGGCUGAGAGGGGAUCUUGUGGCUGUUUACAAAUUCAUCCGGGGGGCAGCAAGAAAUUGGAGAUGCUCUGUUUACCAGGGCUCCCCUUGGAAUAACGAGGAACAAUGGCCACAAACUGACAGACAGCAGAUUUAGGUUGGACAUCAGGAAGAACUUAUUUAUGGUAAGGGUUGCCAGAAUCUGGAAUGGGCUUCCAAGAGAGGUGGUGCUCUCCCCUACCUUGGGGGUCUUUAAGAGGAGACUGGACAAGCACCUGACUGGGGUAAUAUGACCCCGGUGCUCUUUCCUGCCCAGGGCAGGGAUUUGCCCUCAAUGAUCUAUUGAGGUCCCUUCUGACCCUCACAACUAUGAAACUAUGAAAAAACUCUGUAGGGUGAAAUUCUGGCUCUAUUUAAGUCAAUGGCAAAAUUCCCAUCAACUUAACUGGGGCCAGAAUUUAAUUGUAUAGUUUUUAUUUCCCUAAAUCUGUCUUAUUCUAAGAGAUAUCUUAAAUAAUUAGUAGCAAUAGUACAAAUUUGUUUACACAACUUGACAGUUGAAGAAUAAGCUAUACUUACAUUUCCCACAUUGCUAACAAUAAUGGUGCUGCACUGGUGAUAGCAAAAGGGGAGUGUUUUGAGUAAAGGCUUCCCAUGGCCUCUGGCAGACAUUGCAUUUAUUGCAUGGUAAAUUGUAACAUGCCACAUGUUCAAGCUGUUUAUGUGAUAAAGAUGGCAAACCAGUCUCAAAGCUGUUAAUCAUUUUUGUGGCUCAUUUGUAUUGCUCUUUAGUUUGAAUGUGUGGUAUGUUAUUUAUAGAGUGAGAGGGUCAUCCAGCAUCCCAGGGCACACUGAACUGCCCCCUUGCUCUGCACCCCCUGCUAGGUGAGCUAGGGCUGUGCUUGUGGCCCUGGCUGCCAUGCUGGGGUCCUGACAAAUCCCAGAGCAGAUGGAAAGUAAAAUUGUGCUAACAAACAUAGGCUGCAGCCACGUACAGGGAGAUAGGACAUGGUUUCUGCCUGCAGGCAAAUGGCUGUGCUCACAACACUGGCUGCCACAUGAAAAUCCUGACUGGUCUGUCAUGGUCACCCCAGUUCUAGGCAAGGAGAAUGUCCGCUGCUUCUUGUACAGAAGGAGGAUGACAUAAGGCUAUGCAAAAGGCUGGGGACAUUCCCCCAUGGCUGGACCUAUCCUAGAUAUCUGUGGAAGGGGUCAAACUAUGAGGAAUGCCCCCUCUUCCCCUUCCUGCCAGGUCCCACUGAUCAACAAGGGACAGUGGGGAAAAAGCAGCGAGACUUGAACUGUCCCAGUUACACCUCAGACAGAUCAAACCAUGGGGAGAUGCCCACCAUGUCACACAGCUCUGGGCUAUCCUGGUUUUAUACAAAGGGCGUAGGUGAGCAGUAGUGGAGUUCACCCACUCAGUUUCAGAGCUACAGGGUAAGCGGGUGAGCUCAAAGACGACACUGCAUGUGUGUCCAGCCAAAACCAGGACCUGUUAUGGCACUGUCCUCACUAGCCUUGGAUCUAUCCUUGACAGCAGUUUUUCACCAUCAAGGAUAGAUCCAAGGUUGAUGAGGAUGGCCCAAACAAAAAAAUAUUUUGCAAGCAAAUCUGAAUUAGAAAUCUUAGAAAUGUACUGUUCCCAAUCAAGCUACACUACCAGUAUUUCUGAAUGGCCUCAUAAGAAAACCAACUCCAUUCAUUUCUCUCUCUUAAUUUCUUAUCAAGCUAUUGAACUAGUACAGAAAAGUGUUAAAAUAUUUCUGGUUCUCUGUUAUGAAAAUUUAAGUGUCAAGCUGUGUAGUAUGUGAAAUAGUUCCCUUAAACAUUUUGUAAUUAGUGAAAAUAAUGAUCAGGGAAACAAGUGCUGUUAUUUACUAAAUCUACUCAAAAUUGUGAAUAAUUGUUUAGUAUCAAAAUAAUUUCACCUCCUACUUUGCCAAGCCUACUUACCUUGUUUUUUCCUCUCUACUCUGUAUCAGACAGGAGAUGAAAUUCUGUUUCUUGGAGGGGAUUAGGAUAUACCCACCACCUGCCAUGGGAAAUAGAAGACAUAGAUCUUCUGCUGGUGAGAGCUAUGAAGGCUCAUCAGUUUUUCAUGGCUUGGUACUAACUUCUCUAUGUGGGGUGUGUGAGUGAGGAAAGGACAAUGGAUUUAAAUCUUUUUGUGUCUGGGUGUCUGUUGCUUCUCUUUUCUCCUGAGUGGGAACUUUGGACCCAGUGACAACCUUCACUUGACCACCAUGAUGAACGUGAUAUGAGAGAGAUUCAUUUUUGUCCCUCAAGCAAGGAUACUUUUUGAGAUUGCUUGAAAACAGCCUUGAUUUUGAUCAUUUUUAGGAGCCAGCAACAAUGCCAAGUCCUCCAGAAUCAGCAGAUAAAGCAGUGGAGAGGAAAUAUUUAAGAAAGGAAUGUUUAUAUACCUGAGAAUGCAGGGCUCUGCAGAAGUUAAAUCUGUCUUAAAAUGUUCAUAUUCCAAAAAUAAUCAUUGUAUCUGCGAAAGGGCAGUAUUAAGCUAUAUUAAUGGCUAUGUAGAAUAGAAGCAGAGAGAGACCUAUAACAUCUACUCUGCUUCCAAUGAGCUGUUUAUGGUUUUUCCUCACCAUGACUGUGUUUCCAUGGCCAGUCUUGCUUCCCCUGGCUGCUUCAUUACUUUGUGGCUUGAAAAUCAUGAAACUUUUAAAAUGCCCACCUAGAAUAAGAUUGUAACUAAAUUAUUUAGACCAGUCUAGCUCCUUUAUUAAGAAGAGUCUGAAUUUUAAGAGAUUUUGUUACUUGGUACAUUUAGUGUGAAGUUACUCUAAAAAGUUAUAAAUUAUCUUCAUGCCAUUUAUUGUGUUCUGUUGAACUUGUGCAAUAUAUUCACUUUAGUGUGGAAAAGGCAAUGUGCAUAAUAUGUUAAACUAGAUAUUCUAUUUAAUGAUUCAAGUUUGACUGAAAAGCAGGUAGGUACAGUAUCUUAUUAAAGGUUUUAGUCAUUUUUGACUAAGAUACCUUAACUGGGCCAACCUCAAAAUAGGACGUAUGCCUCCUUAAUGAAAGUUGUACAAUUGAAUGUUUGAUAAUUAAAAUAAAUAGUUCAUUCAAAUAAAUAAUCAAGUGAAGGAAGUUUGAUUUUGGUUUUGUAUAAAUAUUAAGGAACUACCUACAAGAAUUAACAUUUCCUCUCUUUAAAUCAGAUAUGUGAUGCACAUUACCUUCAUUUAUAUUUUCCUUAUGCAUUUCAUUAAGUCCCAGACUGUUUUAUACAACCUACUUAAGAGGGAUUCUUUGAUAUGAAAUCUAGUGAGGUUCAAAAAAGAGAGUUAAAGGUAGUUUGUAGGUGAUUUGUUUGCCUAUUUGUCAGUUUUUGUGGUUUUAUAAUAUCAUCUCUGAUUUUUAAAAUGUUUGGUCUCCAUUUGCAGUCUGUGAUUCAAAAAAGGAGACAUUAACAGUUUUUUUUCAUUAAUGUUUUCUUGCAUUAGAAGAGAAAUUUAUUACAUUUGUGGUUCGACUGAUUUCAGCAUGCAAUUAAGUGAGCAUCAUUCCUUUACUUUCCUACACAGUUGGAGGAGUAGGAAAAAUCUGCCUAGAAUUAGUUAUGUGGGUAUGAGUGGAUCUGGCUAAGUACAGACCUGCAGGAAGUUGAAUUGGGUUCAGUAUGGCCACCUGAUUUAAACUUACCUCAUCCCAGUGCUGAUGUGACACCUACAGGCUCAGUCUCAUUGACUGGCAAUCAGUCUAAACCUAUAACUGAACAGAAGUUCCAUGAACGCAAGCCAGUCUAAAAAUUGCAGAAUCUGGUUUAAGAUAAAUCUGGAUCUAUGUAGCAGCAUAUGAAUUCAAUUUAGGUCAAACUAGUGCAUGGAACUUCCUCUGUGCAGCCCGAGGGCUGGGAAAACCUGGACACUGGCCCCAUCCCUGGGGCUGCUCUUUUCAUUCCCCCCCUCCCCCACACUGGUGUAAUUUUUGCCCCUCAGCCCCUUGGUCCCCCCACCCCAGCCAGCACUUUCAACCCCCAUGUCACAAGUCACUCCAGAUGCAGCCACUUUUAUCAGCGUUCAUCACUGCUGGAGCUGAGCAAGUAAGUCCCAGUGGUGGGGAGAGGGGCAGGAGGGAUGGGGGUAUAGGUUCAUUGGGGUGCACCUGCCCCCCCACCUUCACAGGUUGUGCCUGCCACCCCUAACCUACACGCAGGUCGCACCUGCCCCCCCACCCCACCCGUGGGUCAAGCCUGCUACCUCUCAUGCCUACCUCUCAUGGGUCGUACCUGCCCCCUACUGUACUCAUGGGUCAUGCUGCCCAUGCCCACCUCCACCCCACCUGUGGGUCAUGCUUGUCCCCCCCCCCAAUGGGUUGCACCUCCUCCCAGCCCCCGAUGGACACCUGAUCCCCUCCAGCCCGCUGGACUUUCAACCCCCCAGCUAGCACCCUCCAUCCCGACUUACCUGAUAUCAGGCAGCCAUUUAACUUCCCGUUAAUGCCCCUGAAUUUCUGCACUUAGCCUUUCUCUCUUUUAUAACAAAAGUGAAGAUAGACAGGAUAUUCCAGUUGCAUAUUUGCUGUGUUGGAAAGGAGUGUUGUUUUUCCUAAAUAAUGAAACUAGGAAAGUCGUAAUGUACAAUGUGAACUGUAUGUAUUCUGCCUUUUCAGGGAAUGUAUUAGUUUAUUGGAAAGUAGUGUAAAAGUGCCUAUUUAUAAUUCUGAUUUUGCCUCUUCUGAAUCUCUCGCUCUCUCUCUCACCCCCCCCCCCCCCCCAGGAAUGUUUGGGAUUUUUCUUAGCUUGGCUGACUCUCUCUCUCUUAGCAACUUUUGUUAGACUUGAUCCUAUAAACAGGAUAUUUUAACAAGGGCAUUCCUCCUUGGUUCAGCCAUUUAAAGGAAAGUUCAGAAUGUUGUUUAGGAAAUAUAUCAGGAAAGAGGAAGCCUGCUAUUAAAUCCCGACAUGUUUAAUACAUUAAAGGAAAGCUCUGCUUAAAUUAAUACACUAAUUUACUUAUGUUCACUCCUUAAUAAUUAUUUCUAAACUAUUUUUUUUCUCCACACAUGGAUUCCUCAGUAGGGACUGCUUACUUGUGAUGGUUGAAUUUUUAAAAAAACACAAUCUUUAGACUCUCUGAACAUAAUAAAUAGACCCUACAUUUUGCAACUAGUGUUUUAAGCCUUUCUAAUUCUCAGUGCCCAUAGUUCAAAACUAGGCACUUUGAAUCUUAAGUCAGACUUUUCUAAGACGUCACAUUUAGGCUGAAACAAAACAUCAGUAACCUUUUCUGGAUCUGUUAUGCUGUUGCUUUUUGACAUCAUUUACAGCUAUGUACAGAAGUGGAAAAUACAGCUCUUAAAUCUGAUGUUCCAAAUCUCGUCCUUCAGAGUAAUGCUUAGUGUUAACUGAUACCUCACUGCUUGCUCUUUUACUACCACUGCAACUUCUCAGAGGAAGAUGUCCUUACUUAGCACUUACAAAGCCAUGAUAAAAUUAGUUAUACUGUUGUAGUGAUCUAAUUUAUUGUUAUGAUAGAUCUAUAUUAGAAAUUUUUCCUGGUAGGUAUUUUUUUGUUACUCUUGUCAUAGUGUGGCAAGAAGUGUGUCUUUUUAGUGUCUGUCUGCUUUUCUUUGUAUAAAAUAUUUUUUUGCAGUAACAUAUAUUAUUCAUAUACGUUGGCAGUAGUGAAUUCUAUAUUCUCCCACUUGUCACUAGGUCACUAAGAAUAAGGAACAACUUCACACUGCUUUUCUGAGAUACAACAUCACAUGCCAAGACUUGUAUGCAAAAUGUAUUGAGCCCCAGCAUACUGAAUAUAUGUACUUUGCUCAAUCUUUUGGGCAUACAAUUAUAAACCAGAUUAUAUAAUAUUCUUAAUUAGGGUGUAUAUUGUAGCUCCUCAAUCUGCUUUGUGUUUAGUCAGAUUGAUAAUCAGUCUGCAUUGCCUCACUCGACUAUUAUGUUUACUAACACCUUACAGAGUUGCAAAGAAAAAUAAUUCCAUAUAAAAUCUUUAGCAGAUUAGAAAGUGAAAGUGUAAAUAAAAGGAAGACUGCUUAUUGCUCAUGUCACUGUGCUCAUUGUCUGACAAGAAUCUCACAAAUACAGUUUUUUUCUUUGUAGAUCAAGACGUAAAGCUCACUGCUGCAUGUAAAUUUUGUGUUGUAUUUUCUCAUCAAUUUCUUUGUAAUGAAAGAAUCCUUCCGCUGUGAUUAUACUGUUGUCCCACUUAGAAACUUAAGGUUAAAAUUCUUUCGUAACUUUUUUUCUUUAAAUAUCAAAAAUUAAAAACAGAUAAUAUAGUUGCUCCCUAGGAACCUUACAUAUAGGAGGUUAGUGUUGCUUUUUUCAUACCAUGUGUAUAAUUAGUGUUCUAGCUAGAAAUCAAAAACUGUAGUUACAAAGUGUCUGUGCCUUCACGCACUAGACAGGAACUAUGCUGUUUACAUGAAAGCAGUAGAGAAACUGCUACCUGAGGGUGGGGAGGAAAGCAAGGAGCAUUUUUAUGUACUGUUGCCUAGCUUCCCAGUGUUGCAGAUGGAAAAUACUCAGAGCACUGUAAUAUUGAAACACCUACACAUUGCUCUUCCUUUUAUGUUUAGGAGUCAUUAUGGGCUUCCAUAAGGAGCAAGAGAAGAAAUGAGUGAGAGGGGAACUACUAAGAAUGUAAACUAACAGUGCUGUAUCAGUGUUGCAUAUUCCAAACACUUCAGUAGAAAAUGCAUUUUAGUUGCAAAUCUUAGCUUUUGUUUCAAAAUCUACAAAACUGUACAAAAUAGUGCAGUUUUUAACAUUGUAAUCCUGAUUCUGGCUGCAGUUCUGUGAGUACUCAUUGAUUUGCUUAAGCAUUUGUAGGUUUGGGGCCUUCCGAGAUAAAUAUUUAUUCUUAAUUAAUGUGUUCCCUGGUUCUUUACAUUUCCUUUCUCUUCAAAUACUGAGCAUAAUUAUGUGUGUAAAUAUAUUCCAGUCACUAAUAUGGUUAUACAUAAAAAGUUGUGGAAUAAUAUAAGUAAUCUUAGAAAAAUGGCAUUUCUUUUUUAAAAGUUCAGGAGUUAGCAGUCAAUAUCCGUUUAUAAAGUUGUGGGUUCCUUCCCCCCCCCCUCUCCCAUUUUAUCUACUUUGGCUUGAUCUUGCAAAUGUAUGCCUGCUUAAUUUAUACAUUAUAAAUAGCCCCAUUGAAGUCAAUUAGAAAAAUGUGAAUGUUAAUUACUGUUCAAAAGGUAAAGACUCAACAAUUGUAUUCAUAAAAAGUCAACCUAAUAUACUUGAUAACCAUCAGGCUGUGUUUUUAAAGCUUCAUGAACUAAAAUGCUUUGGAACACCUGCAUGUGUUUUCAUGAGCCUCCUGAUGUAGUUUAUACUUUAAACAUGCAUCACAUUCGGGGCCUGAAGUGCUCAUUUAGGACUAAUUAUGCAAAUAUAACACACAUGCUAUUGAAGUCAAAGGGACUACUCACAGGUGUGAAGUUAGUAGGUUUUACUGUUUGUAGGUCAGUCCUGUGUACCACCUUCCUUUGCUCCUUGACCAUGUUGCAUUUCAAAAUAUAAUUCUAGGCCCCAUGGUAUGUUGGGAAAUAGUUAGCUUUCCCUGCCAGUAAAUUUCAGCUACUAAUGAAUUUGGGAGAGUGGUUGAAGGUGAAAUGUCUAAUUGGAUCUAUCAGUUCAGAUGGCAUUCUUGCAAACCUGAUCAUAAAUCCAUUUGCAGUCUCUAUCUGCUUUCUGUAACUUUUCCCCAGGACAGCUCCACCCUGGAGUAGUUUAACAUAUGAAGACAAAACUAGGAGAUUCUGUUUAGCAUUGUUAACUUGAGGCAGCUUAUUCCAAGGCCCAUUGAGAGGCAUACUCCUGCCCUCAGCCAGGAGGGUCAUAUACAUGAAAGAAAGUGCCUCCCCUCUCUCCUCUUAGGCUCGAGUAUAUAUAGAAUUGCUUUUGCUGUAUAUAAAGCUCUCUGGCUAACUUUUUAGAUGGGACCUGUUUGUCAGCCAGGGACAAGCUGUAAAGGACUUGUGUGAGUGCCCCAUGUUACACUACAUUUACUCUAAGGCUUGUACUAAUGCAGUUAGUUCUCUCUGACUACACUGAAGUAGUUAUCCUGAAUCCGGAGAAGCACUUAGGAUCUCCACAUCUAGUGCAUUAAAUAACAGAAGUUCACAAAGUAGUGGCAGUUCAAUAUAUUAUCUGAACUGGGAACGGAAACUUCUGCUGUUGGCUGGAGGAGGGAGGGAAUUCUUUCAGCAAGGGAAAUUUAAUUUAAAGUGUAGGUUUUAUAUCACUAAGGUAUUUCAUGUACACGAAACCUUUAUCAUCAUCCCCAGUGAAAGGGAAAGUCUUACAACUUUUGUUAGGAAAUUAAAAUGAAUAUGGUUAUUCUGUAGUUUUACAUCACGUGCUAAAAUGUAACAAAAGGUCCAUCAGUUUCCUUCAGGCUGAGCCUGAUUGAACUGCAUAUUAUGUUAGAAAUCACAAUGUAAGUAAGUUCUAAUUUUUUGAGGAAACAUGAUGCUCUUUUACCUGUUGCAAUGUAAUUGGAUAAUGCAUGUACAAAUGACGUGUUUAGCCUGCCAAUGAAUGUUGCUAAUGCCUUACCAAAAAAAAAAAAGCAUAUUUUUUUGUAUUUUUUUUCCCUCAGAGGCAAGUUGAAACAAUGCUAGAUUUGGGAAACUGUUUACUGAAAAGCAUUUUCUAAUAGAUCUCUGAAGAAGUGCAAUUGUAUAAUUAUUAUUGUUCAGUGCAUACAGUACAUUGUCUCCAUCACUCUGUACACUGCUGCUAUUAGUGCUUGUUCUAAUAAAUCUCAAUGUACACUGUUUAAACUAC